UCAUGGAGGAAGAUAAAAAACAUGGUGCACUGGUCUCCCUUUGUCAUGUCCUUCAAGAAGAAGUAUCCCUGGAUCCAGCUGGCAGGACAUGCAGGGAGCUUCAAGGCCGCAGCCAAUGGCCGGAUCCUGAAGAAGCACUGCGAGUCGGAGCAGCGCUGCCUGGACCGGCUGAUGAUGGACGUGCUGAAGCCCUUCGUACCUACCUACCAUGGGGAUGUGGUGAAGGAUGGGGAACGCUACAACCAGAUGGACGACCUGCUGGCUGACUUCGACUCACCCUGCGUGAUGGACUGCAAGAUGGGUGUCAGGACCUACCUGGAGGAGGAGCUCACCAAGGCCCGUAAGAAGCCCAGCCUGCGGAAGGACAUGUACCAGAAAAUGAUCGAGGUGGACCCUGAGGCCCCAACCGAGGAGGAGAACACCCAACGGGCUGUUACCAAGCCUCGCUACAUGCAGUGGAGGGAGACCAUCAGUUCCACGGCCACCCUCGGGUUCAGGAUCGAGGGCAUCAAGAAAGAAGACGGCUCUGUGAACCGGGAUUUCAAGAAGACCAAGACGAGGGAGCAGGUCACUGAGGCCUUCAGAGAAUUCACUAAAGGAAACCAGAACAUCUUGAUCGCCUACCGGGACCGGCUGAAGGACAUUCGGGACACCCUAGAAGUGUCUCCUUUCUUCAAGUGCCAUGAGGUCAUCGGCAGCUCCCUCCUCUUCAUCCACGACAAGAAGGAGCAGGCCAAGGUGUGGAUGAUUGACUUUGGGAAGACCACGCCCCUGCCGGAAGGCCAGACCCUGAAACAUGACGUGCCCUGGCAGGAGGGGAACCGAGAGGACGGCUACCUCUCCGGGCUUAACAACCUUAUCGACAUUCUGACGGCGAUGGAGGGAAAGCAAGCCUGAGCACAGCCCCCUCCGCCGCCCCGCCUCCCUUCUCUCCUCUCGCUCGGUUUCUCCUUCACUUCCUCCUG